CUCUCUCUCUCUCUCUCUCGCGGACCGGAGCGUGGCCGUCCAUCUCGUGGCAUCUCGCGUCCGCGAGCUCAUCCAUCCACCCAUUGGAUCGGAUCCAGCACGCUCCUCUCCUCUCUUCCCCAACGACUCCGCUCGCGACGACGCGGCGGCGGCUUGCCCCCAAACCUACCUCCCCGAGUUCCCGACCAGGAGACGAGAAAAUCGGGGGGAGAAGAAGAAGAAGAAGAGCAGAGGAGAGAAACCACUCCAGCGAGAUCCUACUCCUCCCCCGCCCUGCGCCGCUCGCUCCCACGCUUGCUCAGAUAUUUAAUAACAAGAAGCCGGAUUCUGCUUCGCCAUAAAUGAGGGAGAGGGAUGUCUGCUGGGAGUACUGUGACAAGAUGGAAGGGAACAAGGUCAGGUGCAGGUUCUGCUACAAGGUCCUAAAUGGUGGUAUAAGCAGACUCAAGUUCCAUCUGUCUCAAAUCUCAAGCAAAGGCGUCAAUCCUUGCACCAAGGUGAAGCCGGAUGUCAUAGAAAAGGUGAAGGCUGUCAUAGCAGCGAAAGAAGAGCACAGAGAGACACAGGUUCUCAAGAGGCAACGUGACACUGAAUUGUCGGUGCGUCCAAGAAGAAUACGGGACCUUCCCUCUCAGCCUACAUCUCCAGAGCGAGCUACUUCUCCUGCUAUUACUUCAACCUCUGACCAGACACAGUUCCUUGCGUUGGAAGUAUCUACUCCAGUACUGAAGCUAUCAUCUGUGACAAACAAGGCUCGCUCAGCACCACAAUCGGAAGCCGAACGAUGCAUAGCUGAAUUCUUUUUUGAGAAUAAGUUGGACUACAAUAUUGCAGACUCUGUUUCAUACCGGCACAUGAUGGAGGCACUUGGUGGACAGGGAUUCCGAGGGCCGUCAGCCGAGGUUUUGAAGACAAAGUGGUUGCACAAGCUCAAGUCAGAGGUUUUGCAGAAAACCAAAGAGAUUGAAAAGGAUUGGGCGACAACAGGCUGCACUAUAUUAGCUGAUUCAUGGACUGAUAACAAAUCAAAAGCUCUCAUCAACUUUUCUGUAUCAUCCCCAUUAGGGACAUUCUUCCUGAAAACAGUGGAUGCUUCUCCACACAUCAAAAGUCACCAGUUGUACGAACUCUUUGAUGAUGUGAUUCGGGAAGUUGGUCCAGACAAUGUGGUGCAAAUAAUCACUGAUCGGAAUAUAAACUACGGCAGUGUAGACAAGCUGAUCAUGCAGAAUUAUAACACCAUUUUUUGGUCUCCAUGUGCGUCUUCUUGUGUAAACUCAAUGUUGGAUGACUUCUCCAAGAUUGAUUGGGUGAACCGAUGCAUCUGUCAAGCCCAAACCAUAACACGAUUUGUCUACAACAACAAGUGGGUUCUUGAUCUUAUGAGAAAGUGCAUAGCUGGGCAGGAGCUUGUUUGUUCAGGAAUUACAAAGUGUGUGUCGGAUUUUCUCACACUGCAAUCAUUGUUGAGGCACAGACCAAAGCUAAAGCAAAUGUUUCACAGCUCUGACUAUGCAUCUUCUUCGUAUGCAAACAGGUCUUUAAGCAGUUCAUGUGUUGAGAUCCUUGAUGACGAUGAGUUUUGGAGAGCAGUCGAAGAGAUAGCUGCUGUUUCUGAACCUCUAUUGAGGGUCAUGAGGGAUGUCUUAGGAGGCAAGGCUGCUAUUGGUUAUAUAUAUGAGUCUAUGACAAAAGUGAUGGACUCUAUUAGAACAUACUACAUAAUGGAUGAAGGAAAAUGCAAGUCAUUUCUGGAUAUCGUCGAGCAAAAGUGGCAGGUGGAAUUGCAUUCACCUCUUCAUUCAGCAGCUGCUUUUCUGAACCCAAGCAUUCAGUAUAAUCCAGAAGUCAAAUUUUUCACUAGUAUUAAGGAGGAGUUCUACCAUGUUCUGGAUAAAGUGCUUACAGUCCCUGACCAAAGGCAAGGUAUCACAGUGGAGCUGCAUGCUUUUCGAAAGGCACAAGGGAUGUUUGGCUCUAACAUUGCAAAAGAGGCCCGUAACAACACCUCCCCAGGGAUGUGGUGGGAACAAUAUGGUGAUUCAGCUCCAUCACUUCAACAUGCUGCUGUCAGAAUAGUCAGCCAGGUCUGCAGCACCCUGACCUUCCAAAGAGAUUGGAGCAUAAUCGUUCGGAAUCAUUCAGAGAAGCGCAACAAGUUGGACAAGGAGGCUUUGGCCGACCAAGCCUAUGUGCAUUACAAUUUCAUGCUCCAUUCCGACUCCAAGAUGAAGAAGGGUGAUGGGGAUCCCAUCGCGCUGGAUGCUAUCGACAUGACCUCGCCAUGGGUUGAGGACUCUGACAGUCCAAACCUCGCCCAGUGGCUCGACAGGUUCCCGUCUGCCUUGGAUGGUGACUUGAACACCAGGCAGUUUGGUGGUUCGAUCUUUGGCACCAAUGAUACUCUGUUCGGCUUGUGACAGCUUUCAGUUGAUCAGCUCCUCGUCCGGCAAUGUGUUGCUUCUGAUGUACAAGUUAUCUCUGUAUGUAUCAUUCCAUCUCCAUAUAUCUUUGCUAGACUAGAUUCUAUAUUUGUUUAUACCAAGGUGAAAACCUGUUACUUGUUUUGGAUCGGACAUGAGAAGCUGAUAACCUGGAGUAUAUGGAUUAUCGAGAUUGGAGAACAUGAAACUGAACUUUUGAUGGCCAUUUCUUGUCCUGAAUGAUCAUAGAAAGAUGUUUUUACA